UGACAUGACAAGUAGUUUUGGCUAAAUGUCAUCUUCAUUGUUAAAUAGUUGAACAUCUUCACAAUGUCUUUUGAAAUUAACGAGCCACCCUUUCGCCUUGUCCACCAAACUCUUUGCAUCCGGGAGGUCAAUUUCGAAAAGCACUCACUCUUCGGUUUUGUAGACAUUAACUUAAAAGCGACCAGAUUCCCACUGGAGAAAGUGACCUUGAACUGCAGGCACUCCAGAUUAUACAGAGUUUGUCUCAAUGGUUCCAGACAGGUGUCGUUUGACUACAGGGAUCCGACUCUUCUGGUAUGUCCUGAUGAUAUCAAACAGAGGAACUUGGACUACUUCUGUGGAGCAUACAUGCAAGCCAUUGAAGCUACCAAUUUUGACAUCGGGAAUGGAGAGCUGAGCUUUACAGUUCCGUACGAUAUGCGCGCUGAAGUCGAACGAUCUGAAGAAUUGGCAGUCAGAAUUGAAUUUUCAUUAGAGUCGAAAAACGCAGGAGUUCACUUCGUCAAUUCGCCUUCUUUAGUACCUAAGCAGACCAACAAACCCACUUGUGAAAACAAACAGCGAAUUAUAAGACAUAAACAUAUGUUUACGUAUUAUUACGAAAACUGUAAUAAGCUGUGGUUCCCACAUGUUGACUCGCCUCUAAUGCCUUGUACGUGGAGAGUCGAAGUCACGGUUCCAAAUGACCUUUUAGCGAUAUGUUCUGGCGAACUUUUAGACGUCGUUGAAUACGAAUCGGGUAACCUUUUGACCUUCAUUUAUCAUGUUGACAUCCCAGUUUGUGCGAAUAAAAUCGGAAUUGUAGUCGGAGAUUUUGAAAUGAUGCCGGAUCAGAAAUUGUCGGAGAUCACACAUUUUUGUUCGCCAGGACUGAGCGCGGCGUUGACCAGCACAGUGGAAAAUGUUGUUGAUUGUAUUGAGUUCCUAGAGCAACAUCUAAGUUCGAGAUUGCCUUUUCAGCAGUUUAAAACUGUUUUUGUCGAAGAAGCGUUUACGCAGUGUUUGCCGUUCGCAGGAAUGUGUAUUGGUAGCGUUGCGCUGUUGCACACGGAGAAGAUAAUAGACCAAGUACCGCAUACUUUGAGGAAAUUUACUACUCCUAUCAGAAUGUCGUUUUUAAUAAGUGGUGAGAUUCGGGAAUUAUACGAUAGCGUAGAUAUUAAUCUCUUUGACGACUUCUCACACUACGAAAGUCGAGAAAAGGAGGCCGAAUCACAGAACCAUUUCCCUGAACCCUCUGGACAUGGGAGGAACUAUCACCACUCUGGAUCCUCGAUGUCUGGGAAUCGUCAGUUCCCGUCGGCAACGAUGGGUGCUCAUGGAGGCAGAGGUGCUAGAGGGGGAAUGACGUACGGUACUGGCGAUGGUACAAGGAAUGGUGUUAUGGGGUCGACAGGGUUUAAUAUGGGAUAUGUUGCGAACUCUUCAGCAAAUGGAAAUAAUGUUUCCCAAACUGACUCUUCCACAAUAGCCCCAGCUAAUGAGCAGGGACACCUUAGUUUGCACUUAAACUACAGCAGCCACAAUGGAGUGGACGACAUUAACUUAAAAGCGACCAGAUUCCCACUGGAGAAAGUGACCUUGAACUGCAGGCACUCCAGAUUAUACAGAGUUUGUCUCAAUGGUUCCAGACAGGUGUCGUUUGACUACAGGGAUCCGACUCUUCUGGUAUGUCCUGAUGAUAUCAAACAGAGGAACUUGGACUACUUCUGUGGAGCAUACAUGCAAGCCAUUGAAGCUACCAAUUUUGACAUCGGGAAUGGAGAGCUGAGCUUUACAGUUCCGUACGAUAUGCGCGCUGAAGUCGAACGAUCUGAAGAAUUGGCAGUCAGAAUUGAAUUUUCAUUAGAGUCGAAAAACGCAGGAGUUCACUUCGUCAAUUCGCCUUCUUUAGUACCUAAGCAGACCAACAAACCCACUUGUGAAAACAAACAGCGAAUUAUAAGACAUAAACAUAUGUUUACGUAUUAUUACGAAAACUGUAAUAAGCUGUGGUUCCCACAUGUUGACUCGCCUCUAAUGCCUUGUACGUGGAGAGUCGAAGUCACGGUUCCAAAUGACCUUUUAGCGAUAUGUUCUGGCGAACUUUUAGACGUCGUUGAAUACGAAUCGGGUAACCUUUUGACCUUCAUUUAUCAUGUUGACAUCCCAGUUUGUGCGAAUAAAAUCGGAAUUGUAGUCGGAGAUUUUGAAAUGAUGCCGGAUCAGAAAUCGUCGGAGAUCACACAUUUUUGUUCGCCAGGACUGAGCGCGGCGUUGACCAGCACAGUGGAAAAUGUUGUUGAUUGUAUUGAGUUCCUAGAGCAACAUCUAAGUUCGAGAUUGCCUUUUCAGCAGUUUAAAACUGUUUUUGUCGAAGAAGCGUUUACGCAGUGUUUGCCGUUCGCAGGAAUGUGUAUUGAGGACGAGUUGAAUAUAAAUCGAGUAGUAAAUUCCACCUCUCACAUCUCUUCAUCGCCUCUUAGGCUUCUGGGUCAUGCAAUCGCCUCCCAGUUUUUCGGCUGCUUCAUUGCAUCGGCUAGCUGGAGUGACUCGUGGACUGUCUUCGGAAUCAGCAAGUACAUCGCUGCCCAGUUUGAGAAGGAGAUAUUCGGACUGAAUGAGUAUCUGUACACUGUCAGGGAAACCAUCAGAAAGGUGUGUGAAUAUGAAGAAGCGAAUGGAGAAAUCAUCUUGGACAACAGUUUGGCCCUGUCGAAUGGUCAUAAGAGUGACAACGUGAAUGCGUGCAAAUUGUAUGCCAACCUUAUGUCACCCAGCUACGUGGAGAUGAUGAAACUCAAAGCUUUUCUUGUGGUUAGACUGGUCGGAGAGAAUAUUGGACCUGAAAUACUUACACAGGUAAUCAACAAGAUGAUAUCUCUUGCUAUAAAUGUCUCCAAACAGGCAUGUACUUCCUGGAGCAGCAUGCAAAUAUCGACAAACUCUCUUCUUAACAGCGUCAGUUCCCUCUGCGGAAAAGACUUGAACGAACUCAUGAACAUGUGGGUCUUCAAAGGAGGCCAUCCGCAGUUUACUGUUUCUUUUGAUUUCAACCGGAAGCGAAAUUGCGUGGAACUGGUUAUGAAACAACACGAUGUAACCCUGGCUAAGAAAGGUCUAACUCGCUACGUGGGUCCAGUUACAGUUUCAAUUCAGGAGCUAGAUGGACCUUUUACACACUCUCUAGUUUGCGAAGAUCUGGUGUCCAAGCAUGACAUAUCGUGUCAUUCGAAGAACAGGAGGAUCAAGAAACGCAAGAUACCGAUGGCGUAUGGCGAAGAGAUUGAUAUCGACUUCAAGAAUUUAGAUCAGGACAUGCCAGUCUUGUGGCUGAGGUUCGAUCCCCAGAUGGAGCUGAUUUGUCAUGUGAAAAUGAAUAUGCCUGAUGUUCUGUGGCAGCUGAUGCUUAGGUACGAAAGAGUUGCUUUAGCGCAAUUUGAUGCAGUCGAAAACUUGAAGAAAUUCGAGAGCCCAGAAAGUCGACAAGCUCUCGUUUUCACAAUCGAACAAGUCAACUUUUUCUACCGAGUUCGAAUAGCUGCAUUCGAGUCCCUAGUUUUCAUGGCAACUAAAUGUGCGGCAACAUGGCAAGCUACUCAAAUGUUAAUUGAUAUUGGGCGUAGUAUGUUUUCAUCGGGCGCGUGCAAUGACAUAGUGCAAAGCAAUGAUUUCACGAACUUGGAAGAAUACUUCAUGCAAAAAGAGUUUAUAAAAUCUCUUGGCAGUUACAAAAACGUGCAGAAAUUCUGCCCCGAUGAAAUUGUUUCAUUUAUCUUGAGCUGGCUUAAGUUCAAUGAUAAUAGAAGAAACGCAUACUCGGAUGCAAUGUACAAAGCUAAUUUGAUUGAUGCACUCUCUGAGACAAUUUCGCCCAGCACGACCAUUGUAACUUCGCCCGAUAUGCUAACACCAGAAAUGAAGCUGAUCGUGGAAGAACUAGUCCGGUAUCUCAACAUAGACAAACUGGUCCCCUCCUACAAACUAUCGGUGACAGUCAGUUGUUUGAAAGCAAUGAGGAAUCUACAGAGGAACGGACACAUUCCAAAUGACCCCACCCUGUUCAAGAGCUACUGCAGUGAACACCAGUUUGUAGAUGUGAGACUCGCGGCGAUUGAAUCGCUGAUUGACUUCACGAGGGACGAUGCCAACAGCUAUAUUCUGUCGUUCUUGUUGGAUAUCAUUGAAAAUGAUCGGGUUGUGUAUGUGCGACACUGUACUCUGCAGAUGUUGUGUGCCAGUCCACCCUUCAACCGAACGGAUGCCAACCCACUUAACACGGAAAGCACCGUGGAUAGAUUGUGGACCCUUGUCAACAAAAUCGCAGUAGGAGACUCGAGAUUGAGAUGCAGUGCAAUAGAAUUCUACCAUGCUCUUUACGGCAGAGGGAGACCGUACUGUCUGCCCAAGCCACAGCUAGGUGUGGUUGUAAACCUACGCGAGAAGAGAGCUGACAUCACAAGAGGAGAAAUGCCACAGUUGACAGGUAUGGAUCAACAUGACCAUGACAUGGACCAGUCUAUGGAUACUUCGAUCGAGUCGCUGAAUGUAACUGUAACAAGCAGUGAGCAAUCUCAAACGACACACGGACACAGAGGUGAUUCUAGGAAUGUUUCGCUCAAUCCAUCUGCUUCUUUCAAUCCUUUUCCAACCGAAGAGGAAGAUGAGUCAGACCUAAGAAUACAAACCCUAGACGUACAUGCUUCAGGCAGAGCAGACUUAGAUGAAGACAGUCAGUUCUUCGCCACUAAUCCAAACAUCGAAAAUGUCACUGACGAGGAGUUUCUUUCCAACCGAGAGCCAAUGUACCUCCCACCUUUCUCGGCUUCCUCGAGUAGCUCGACAAAAGGAGGCAAAAAGAGGAAUAAAAAGGAAAAAGAGAAGAAACGCGGUCGCAAGAAAAAAGACGCGGACAGUGUUGCUAGUGAUAGAAAAAGUGCAAAUUUUAGACUUUCGCCACCCAGUAGUGACGAUUCUGAUUGAUUUUAUAAUCUUCAAACUCAAUAGAAACUUUGUUCUUGUGUUGAAAUUUGCGUUAUGAAAUAUAUUUAAUAAAUUAGUUUCAGGUCUGA